CGCCAAGCUCGAGGCGGCGCUGGUGCACGUGCGGGACGAGCUGCAGGAGGCAGAGGCGGCGCGCUGUGUUAUGGAGAAGGAGAUGAAGGAGCUGCUGCUGCAACUGCAUUCUAUCCAGCUUCAGCUACACAAACAGACGACCGUCGGCACCGACUCGGACAACAUCAUCAAAAAAUUGGACUCUGAUCUGUACCUGCGCCGGCGGGACCUGAUGCGUGAGGAGAAGCUGCUGGCCGAGCUGCGCUGCCUGCGCUCCGAAGCGGACCAGCUGAACGGCUACAUCGUCAGCCUGCAGAGCGAGGUGGUUGGCUGCCGUCUAGCCGCCAAGUACAUGGACAAGGAGCUGGCGGGCAGAAUCCAGCAGAUCCAGCUGCUGGGCCGCGGUCUGCACGGGCCGGAGCACGGCCGGCUGUGGGCGCAGCUGGAGGCCGAGAUCCAGCUGCACCGGCACAAGACUCUCAUCCGCGCCUGUCGCAGCAGGAUGUGGCGUGAUCCGCCGGGGGAACCGAAGCUGACCGGACCGCGGCUGGUGCACGUCACCAAGGCCGACAAGGAGGGUCUGGGCAUGUCCAUCACGGGUGGAGAGGAGCACGGCGUGCCGAUCGUGGUGUCGGCCCUGAAGCCGGGCGGACCCGCCGACCGCUCGGGUCUGGUGCACGUGGGCGAUACCAUCCUGUCGGUGAACGAUAUCAGCCUGCAGCAGGUGCGGCACCAGGAGGCAGUGGAGGUGCUGUCAUCUGUGACCGGCGACAUCAAGCUCGAGUUGCAGUAUGUGCCGACGAUAGCGGAGGACCUCAGUGAAGGCAUAUACGACAUGGGACACUUCAGGUACGACAUGCUGGAGGACUCGCCGCUGUCGCCGGUGCCGGUCCGAGAGAACGGCGCGGCCCGACCUGCGCUGCCGACGCGGACGGCCGCCAGCCGGCCGGGCGCCGCUCAGAAACAGGGACCGCUCCCGGCGGUGCCCAGGUCGUGGCAGCAAACGCCGGUGCUGUGCCCUGUCGUGUCGUGCGUCGUCGUGCGCCGCGAAUGGAGCGGCUCGGCGACCGGGCGCCGGCCGACCGCCAUGCGCGUGUCUGACUUACGCUGA